GUGAAAGAGGAGAGUCAAGCUGAAGUGGAUGAGAAACAUCAGAUUGUAAAAAGCAACACUAAUGUUUCACAGAAAGAAACUCUGAAGACAGAAGACAUAAAGUGUGAAAAUAGUUUCAGUGAAGAUGAAAGCCCUGAAGAUCACAAGAGGACUCACAGUGAGGAGAAACCUUUAACAUGUCAACAGUGUGGAAAGAGUUUCAGAAGAAAAGCUGACCUUAACGUACACAUGAGGAUUCACACUGGAGAGAAACCACAUCUGUGCCAUCACUGUGAAAAGAGUUUUACAACUGCAUCUAACCUUAAGAAACAUUUGAGAAUUCACACUGGAGAGAAACCUUACACUUGUCAACAGUGUGGAAAGAGUUUCACCUUUCAAACGAGCCUUAAAAUACACAUGAGGAUUCACACCGGAGAGAAACCACAUCUGUGCCAUCACUGUGAAAAGAGUUGUAUAACUGCAGGUAAACUUAAGAUACACAUGAUGACUCACACUGGAGAGAAACCUUACACUUGUCAACAGUGUGGAAAGAGUUUCUCUGAUGAAAGAGACCUUAAGAUACACGCAAGAAUUCACACUGGAGAGAAACCUUACACAUGCCAUGAGUGUGAAAAAUGUUUCAGAAGUAAGAGUACCCUUACAGCACACAUGACAACUCACACAAGAGAAAAACCAUACGUGUGUUUUCAGUGUGAAAAGUGUUUCAGUAUGGAGUGUCACCUUAAGAGACACAUGAUAACUCACAGCAAAAAGAAACCUCACGCAUGUCCUCAGUGUGAAAAGAGUUUCAUACAAAAACGUGGACUUGAGGCUCACAUGAGAAGUCACACUGGAGAGAAACCUUACAUAUGUCUUCACUGUGAAAAGAGUUUCAGUUUGGAGUUUCACCUUAAGAGACACAUGAUGAUUCACAGUGAAAAGAAACCUCAUGCAUGUCUUCAGUGUGAAAAGAGUUUCAUAGAUAAACGUGGACUUGAUAUUCACGUGAGAAGUCACACUGGAGAGAAACCUUACAUAUGCUCUCAGUGUGAAAAGAGUUUUACAAGUGAAGGUAAUCUUAAGAGACAUGUGAGAAUUCACACUCGAUAGAAACCAUUCAUGUGUCAACAGUGUGGAUAUGGCAACAACGUUUAGAAAUCCGCUGGGGUCUUAUUAAUGAAAAUGAACGAUGUACGUACGAUUCUUACUAAAAUUCUAAAUUCGCACAAAAGCCAAAAAUAGCGUACGGCAAAAAAGAUUCAGGCCGUUUCUCAAUAUGCGUUCCUCUCUGUACUUGUGUUCUUGUGAAACGUCAUCAGUCGCGGGCCAAGUACUGUUACAAUUCCAAGUUCACAUCAAGCCAAAUUCACAUGUACUUGAUCCGCUCAUUUUAUCAAGGAUGCAUAAGGAGGUGACUUGUGUGGACUUAUGACAGUCAAGUUUCCCAGAAUGCAUUUUGCGUCAAUGGCAAUGAAGCUUACAGGACAAGUUCAGUAUUUUACAUUUAAAGCCCUGUUUUCAGAUUGGUUAUGAUGAAAUAGAACGGUUUUGACUGAAAUUUGGAC